AGCAUCUAAAAUGUUACACAAAAUAAUAACAUCUUCCCCAUUUCCUCAGGCUAGUACCAGUGAUUCUAAAAUCUUGGAUGAUAUAGUGAUGACACCCUCAGUUCCUGAAGAUAGGACCGUAGAUGUGAAAGGUUUAGAUGAAGGUCUGUCAACACACUUUGCUAAUAAAGGUAGUUUCACAGAUUCUAAAAUAUUGGAUAGAAGGCUGACCACACCUUCUGUUCUUGAAGGUGGGAAUAAGUAUUCUAAAACCUUGGCUAGCAAAGUGACAACCUAUAGUGCUUCUGAAGGUGAGUUCAGGAAUUAUAACUUUCUGGACACUGCAAUGCCAAAGAACACUUCCCCAGUAGAGACUUCCAUGGGUUCUAAUAUAUUGGAUAAUAGAAUGUCAACCUCCCAUGUUCCUGUGGAUGCCUCUACAAAUGCAAGAAUGUUGUAUGAUGGAGUGACUUCAUUCCCUACUAAGAUAGGUGAGGCCACUUAUUCUGAAAUCCCACAUCAAAUAUUUACAACUUCCCCUUUCCCCAAAGAUGGAGUCACAUAUUCCAAAAUCUUGGAUCACAAAUUGUCAACACAAUUUUAUGAAGACACCUCAUUCAAUUUAAAACAAUUGGAUACUGAAAUGACAACUAGUUCUGAAAAUGGGAUCAUGGGGUCUGAAGUAUCUUAUAAAGGGAUGCCAACUUCUCCUAUCCCAGGAAAGGUGACAACAGAUUCUAGAAUGCUGCAUAAAGUAAUGCCAUGGUCCAAGGUUCCUGAUUAUGAGAGAUCAAAUUCUAUAACAGUUCCUCAAGAUGGGAUUGUUGACUUUAAAAACAUGGAUACAGGAAUGACAUUGCACACUGUCCCAGAAAUAUCUUCUUCAGAUCCUAGUAAACCAAGCAAGGGAAUGAUAACAAGCUCCAUUCCCAAAGUUGUGACCAGUGAAUCUAUAACCCUAGAUAAGGGAAUAACACCCACUGUUCCUGCGAGAGAUUCCAUGGAUUCAAAAAUCCUGAACAAUGAAAUAACAAUGCUUUCAAUUACUGAAGAUGCUUCCAUGAGUUAUAAAACCUUGGAUAACAAAAUGAAGACUCCCUCCAUUCCCACUGAUGCUUCAACGAUGUCUAAAAUUCUAGGUAAAGAAGGGACAACAGCUUUUAUCCCACAGGAUAAUUCCACAAAAUAUAAAAUCUUAGAAAAAGGCAUGAAAACAGACACUGUUCCUGAAGAGAUGUCCAUAGAUCCUAAUAUACCCAAGAGUGGAAUUACAACUCUCUCUGUCCCUUUAUCCAACACUGGAUUCUUGGAAAAUGGAACAACAAUGCUCCCAACUCCAACAGAUGAGACCAUAAAUUCAAAGCCACCGUUAAAAGUAAUGACACCAUCCCCUUUUCCUGAAGAUGGUUCCACAAAAUCUAAUAUCUCAUUUGAAGGGAUGACAACACCACCUAUUCCUAAAGAUGGGGUCAUGGAAAAAGGAAUAACAACUCCCCUUUUUCCUGUAGAUGGGAUAACAGAUUCUAAAGUUUUGGUUAAAAAAUUGGAAAUACUCAAUAUUUCGGCAGAUACAUCCACAGUUUCAAAAAUAUUGGAUGUGCCCUCUCUUCCUGAAGAAGGCACCAAGGAUUCUACAAUUUUAGAUAACGUAUUGACAACAUCAGCUUUUCUUGAAGGUGGGACCAGGGAUUCUAUGAACUCAAAUAAAAGCACAUCAACAUAUAGCGUUCCUGAAGACAGCUUCACAUAUCCUAAAACCACGAAUAAGGGAAUAAAAGCCUCUCGUCCUGGAAUGGCUUCCACAGAUUCAAAAGUCUUGAACAAAGGGAUAACAACCUCACAUGCUCCAGAAGAUGAUAUCCCAGAAUCUAUAUCUUUGGAUAAAGUGAUAACAACUGUCUCUACUGCAGAAGUUGAUUCCCGAGAAACAAGACCAUCAAAUACACAAAUAACAUAUACUGCACUAAAAGAGACUACAGCAGCUCCUAGUAUAUUGGAUAAAGAAAUGACAAUGUUUCCUGCUCCUGAAGACAUGGCCAAUGAUAAUAAAAUCUUGGAAAAAACAACAACCAUUAUUUCUCAAAAUAAUUCCAUGGAUUUAAAAAUCCUGAAAAAUAGAACAAAUAUACAGUCAGUUACUGACAGUCUUUCCAUUAGUUUGAACAAAAUUACAACUCCCUCUCUUCCAGCAGAUUAUUCCAAAGAUUCUAAAAUUGUCAAUAACAGAAUGACAACUCCUUUUGUUCUUCCGGUGACAACCAUGGAUUCAAAAAUGUUGAUGAAAAUACUUGCAAUAUCUGCUGUUACUGAUGAUAGAAUGGCAGACUCUAAAACCACCAACAUCAUGGUCAGCACAUCAGCUAUUCCUGAAAAUGGAACCAAUGAUUCUAAAACAGUAUUGACAACAUUAUCUGUUCCUGAGAAUGGGACAAUGGUUACUAAAGUAUUCAGUGAAGGAUUAACAACACCCUUUGCUAAUGAAGGUAGUUCCACAGAUUCUAAACUCUUGGAAACAGGAUUGACUAAAACUUCCGUUCUUCAAGAUGGGAAGAUGCAUUCUAAAAUCUUGGAUAACAUAAUUAAAAAAUCCAAUAUUUUUGAAAGUGGGUUCACAGAUCCUAAAAUCUUGGCUGAAGGAAUGAAAACGACCAUAGUUCCUGAAAAUUAUUCCAUGGAUUCAGAAAUCACAAGCAAUGGGGCGAAAAUGUCCUUGAUUACUAGAAGUAUUUCCACAAGUUCCAACAUAACAUCAACAGGCACUACUCUUGAAGAUGGCACCACUGAUUCUAUGUUUUCGGAUAAAGGAUUGCCAACAGUUUCAAACACUGAUGUUGUUCCUACAGAACCUAAAACUUCAAACACAGGAAUAGCAACAUAUAUUGACCCAGAUGAAGCAUCCUCAGUUCCAAGUAUAUUUAACAAAGACAUGACAACAUCCACUGUUCCUGAAGAAAGGAUCAAUAAUUCUAAAAUCCUGGAGAACAAGACAGCAGCCAAUAUUCCUGAAAAUGAAUCUAUUUAUUCAAAUACCCAAAACCAUAGGCUGACAACGCCCCCAGUUGCUGAGGACAUCUACACAAGUUCUAAAAUUUUGUAUGAUAAAAUGGUAAAUUCCUCUAUUCCAGUUGAUGUGACUACAGAAUCUAAUAUUUUGGAUGAAGUAAUGACAACAACCUUUAUCCCUCAAGUUACUUCCAGGGAAGCAAAUCUCUUGGAGGCAGAAAUGACAACACAGACUAUCCUUAAACAGGCUUCUAGCACAUUAGUUAUUGGAAGAAUAACUCCUUCUGUUCCUGUACUUGCUUCUACAAAUUCAAAAACCUUGGAUAACAGAACCAUCACAUCCUCAGUUCCAGAAAGUAAAAAGACAAAUUUGAAAGCAUUUCAUCAAAUAGUGACACAGUCCUUGUUUCCCAAAAACACAAAUAUGCAAAAUAGUACAACAUUACCUACUAAUAUGACAGAUGCUUCCACAAAAGCAGAAACCUUGGCUAAUGCGAAGACUGCUCUGCCAGUUGCUGAUGGUGAGACCAUGCUUUCUAAAACGUUAGAUAAAGGACUAACAACCACAGCAUCACUUAUUUCUCAAGGUAAGAUAACACAUUCUAAAAUAUUGAAUAAAAUAACAUCAACUGACACAAUUCCUGAAAUGGACACCACGGAUUAUUCAUCCUUGGAUAAAAGAAUGACUGCAGCCUUUACCACAGAGGUUGCCUCGAUAGAACCCACACUCUCAGACAGGCAAGUUACAACACCCACUGUCCCAGAGGAAGCUUCCCCAGUUCCUACUACAUUGGAUAAACGAAUGACAGCAUUCCCUGUUCCUGAACAUCAGAACAAUCUUUCCAAAUUACCAGAUAAAGUGGUAACAACAGUUGCUCCUGCAGACAGUUCUGUAGAUACAAAGCUCCGGAAGAACUGGCAUACAGUGCCCUCUAUUACUGAGGGCAUUUCCACAGGUUUUAAAAUCUUGGACAAAGAGAUGACAGAUUCCUCUCUCCCUGUAGAUGUGACCACAGAUUCUACAACCUUGGGUAAAACAAUGACAAUGGCCUUUUUCAGAGAAGAUGCUAAAAUGGAAUCUAAAAUCUCUGUGACAAGAUUGACAACACACAACAUCUUUGAUAAGGCUUCAGAAAGUUCUAUUACACUGAUUAGUGGAAUGACAGAUCCUUCUAUUUUGACAAAAUCUUCUACAGAUUCUCAAAUCUUGGAUAAUAGAAACAUCACAUCCUCUGUUCCAGAAGGUGAAGCCACAGGUGCUAAAACCUCUCAUCCAAUAAUGACAUCAUAUCCCAAAGAUGCAAAUACAGCAUCCACAUUCUCGACUAAGAAAAUAACAGCUCCCACUGAUCCUGAAGAUGAGUUCCUGAAAUCUAAAAUCUUGGAUAAAGAAAUAACAACUUCUCUUCCCAAUAAUGGGACCAUGAAUAAAGGAGUAACCAAAAUUUCUUUUACUGACGAUAUCACAGGUUAUAAUACCUUGAGUAAAAUAUUGUCAACCGCUAUUAAUGCUAGAAAUGCUUCUAAUGAUUCCAAAAUCUUGGAUAGUGUAUUGACAACUCCUUCUGUUUUGGAUAAUGGGACCAUGGAUUCUAGAAUCUUGGACAGAAAAUUAAUAACCACUGUUCCUGAAAAUGAUUCAGAAGUAAUGGCUAAAACAAUAGCAGUGUCACCUGUUCUUCAAGACACAAUAACGUCUUCUAAAAUCCCAUAUAAAAUAAUAUCAGAAGUAACUGUUCCUGAAAAUGGUACCAUGGAUUCUGUAUUCGUGGGUAAUGAAAUAACUAAAGCUUUUAUGACUGAAGGUGCUUUCAUUCAACUUAAAAUGUUGGACAGAGAAAAUGCAACACAGAUCCUCCCGGAAGAAAUCUCGUUAAAACUUAGUAAAUUAAAAAAAGGAAUUGACAAUCUGUCCAGCCCUGAAGAUAGCACUAGUAGUUCUAAAAUUAAAUAUAAAUUAGCAACAACGGAAGAUGAUUCCAUUGAUUCAGAAAUCCAGAACAAAGGCAUGACAGUGCCUUCGGUUAGUGAAGGUGUUUCUAUGAGUUCUCAAAUCUCAGGUAGCAAAAUGUCAAUUUCCUCUGUUCCUGCAGAUGGGAACACUGAUUUUAAAAUCUUGGAUACAACAGUGGCCACAGUCUUCAUCACAGAGGAUAUUUCUACAGAACCAAAAAUCUUGGUUCAUGCAAUGACAGAUUCUUCUGUUGCGGAAGAUGGAACCAUGGAUUCUAAAAUCUUGGAUAAAGGAAUAACAACAACUGUUCCCACCAAUAAUUCCACUGAUCGGAAAACCUUGGAUGAAGGAGUUACCACACUACCUGUAUCUCUAGGUAGCAUAACAGAUUCUAAAAUCCAAAAUGAAAUAACAUCAACAAACUCUGAUGUCUUGGCUAAUAAACUGGCAACUUCCACUGUUGAUGGGGAUGUUUCCACAGAUUCUGAGGUCUUGGAUAAUGAAAAGACAGUUCCAUCUGUUCCUGAUGAUGCAACCAUGGAUUCUAAAACCACAGAUGAAAGAAUAACAACCAUAGUUCUUCAAGAAAAUUCCACUCAUACAAAAAUCCUGAACAACCAACCAACAGUUCCCUCGGUUCAUAAAGAUGCUUCUGCAGAUUCUAUGGUCUUGGAUAAAGGAAAAGCACCAACCAUUGCUCCUGUGCAUGAAUCCACAGAUCCUAAAAUCAUGCAUGCUGGAUUAACAGACUUUGCAGUUCCUGACAAGCUGAGAAUAGAUUCAAUGUCUGGUAUGCCCCAAGAUGGGACUAUAGAUUCUCAAAUCAUGGAUAAAAGAAAAGUAGCAUCCUUAACUAAAAUAUAUAGUUCCAUGAGUUAUGAAAUCCUGGCUAAAGAAAUGACAACAACUGCUGGAACUUCCACAGAUUCCAGACCUUUGAAUAAAGGAACAUCAAUGCAUCCUGAAUUAGAAUAUAGGAACACAGAAUCUAAAAUCUUGGGCAAAGGAAUGACAGCAUCUUCCAUUAACAAACGUAGUUCCACAGAUCCUAAAGCCUCAAAUAAAGGAGCUACAGCACCCUCUAUUCCUAUUGCUUUUUCAAAGACUAAAUUCUUAGACAAAGGAAGUGCAGAGCAUUCCGUCACUGGGUAUAGAACCAUGGAGUCUAAAGUGGUAAACAAAGGAGGAGGCAUAAUUCCAGAAGAUGACCCUAAAAUCUCCAAGCUCUUGCAUAAUGAAAGAGUAACAAGCCCCACUUCAGAAAAAAGUAUUCUUCAUCUUAACAGCUUCCAUACUGCAGAACAAAUACAGCCUACAAUUCCUCAGGAAACUAGUUCCAUCGGUUCAAACUUAAACAAAGGGAGAGUAUCACAAUCCAUUGUACCUUCACAUCCUGUAACAUCAGAUCCAGUAUUGAAAACCGUGGAGAUGGCAUGGGUCAAUGUCUUACAGAAUCCUGUAACAAUGGAACCUGUUAACUUAAAUAUAGAAAUAAAGAUCAGUAAAGAAGAAUUAGUUGCUACAAAUUCAAAGUUAAAAAGAGAAAAUAUAAAGCCCAAAGUUCCUGUUGAACACAAGGUCCCUAAUCCUACUAGGGGUGAUAACAUGGUAACUGAACCAACUCAUGAAGGGACAAAUCGGAUAAUUGGAAAACCCCAAUCAUAUGAAGACAUCCUUAAUGAUCCCAAUUUGUGUAAUAAGAAGCCUUCAGAUGCUAUGACAACUCUACAAAAUGGAACCACAUAUAUUUUUAGAGGCCAUUUAUUUUGGACAAUAAACCAGAAAGGACAAUUAUUAGACCAUCCACAUAGGAUCAGUGAUGUGUGGGGCAUUCCAUCCCCAAUAGACACCGUCUUCACAAGGUGCAACUGCCUUGGAAAUACAUACUUUUUUAAGGGAGACCAGUACUGGCGAUUUCAGAAUGGGCACAUGGACAGUGGCUAUCCUCGAAGAAUUGCAGCCGGCUUUUCAGGAUUGAGUGGGGAAAUAACGGCUACACUUUCAGUGGCUGCAUACCGUAACAGACCUGAAAUGGUGUAUUUCUUCAAAAAAGGUGGAUUAUACCAGAAAUAUGUAUAUCAAAGACCCAUCACAUCUUGCCCACAAGAACGCACUCACCCCUAUACUUAUCAGGUGGCAAGACGUUACAGGCGGCAAACAAUGGUUGCCAUACAGAAAAGCAGGAAACUUCAAACUACAGCUGAACUUUCUGUUGAAAUGUCAAUAAGGAAAAACUGGCAUGGCUUUCCUAUAACAGUCACAUCAGCCAUUUCACUUCCAAAUCCUGGACUUCCAGAAAAAUACGAAUAUUAUGUGCUCUCACGGGCUAAAUCCUACAAGGUUGAUCCGGUGAACCAGAAAGCUACUUAUAUGAAAAGAAGUGUAACAAAGGACUUGUACAAAUGCCUUUAACAAACCAAAAAGGAAAGAAUAACAAGUUUCAACAUAAAUUAAAAAGGAAAGCAUUUUAUUUUUCCAUGGAAAAAGACUAACAGGACAGGAACCCACAAAUGUUGGAAGCUCAAAAAAUUGUUUUAUUUAGCAAGGAGCCAAACCAAUGACUAAAGAUCAAUAUGCUUCAUUCACAUAGUAGUAUGUUCUUCAACUAUGAUUUCCUCUGUUUAUGCCUCUUCUUCCUCCCAUUGAAAGGUUCAUACCUGGAAAUGGGAAACAUAAUAACCUGGAAUUAUGACAGAGAACAACUGCUUUAUAAAAUGAAUUAUCUCCUUGCUGUGUUACAAUAUAACCCUGUACAAUUAAAAACUGAAGCAUAAA